AUUGUGUUUCCCUGUUUAGAUAUUGCAAAUGGCUCCAGUUCAGGAGGAUAUCGCCCCCCUCCCAGAACAAAAGAAGUGAUCAUCAAUGGACAGACAGUGAAACUAAAAUACUGUUUUACUUGCAAGAUUUUCCGCCCACCUCGUGCCUCACAUUGCAGCCUUUGUGAUAACUGCGUAGAACGGUUUGAUCACCACUGUCCCUGGGUAGGCAACUGUGUGGGGAAAAGAAACUACAGAUUUUUUUAUAUGUUUAUUUUAUCUCUGUCCUUUCUGACAGUCUUUAUAUUUGCAUUCGUUAUCACCCACGUCAUUCUUCGUUCUCAACAAGCAGGGUUCCUCAAUGCCCUGAAGGACAGUCCUGCAAGAUAUCCUUUCACUGAAAAAGGUUUUAGAUCCUACUACACAGUAACAUCUGAGAUGUGUAUCUGUGUUCUUGUUUUUGUUGGUUAUGCAUACUUGGGAUUUUAUCCGCUAAUCAUUUCAUCACUUCCUGCACAACAGGAUUUCUCACCAUAUACUGGAGGUAGGAAAGGGACUAGCCUAUUUGGGUUUGUUUUUUGAUUCAUCGUCUUUUGU